CCUUGAAUGGCAGCAUUGCCCACUUGAUAAGCUAGCAUGAUAUUAGUGGACUAUGUUGUACUAAUUAAGCAUAUAUAAUUCCACAAAUAAUUGCGAUCUCUACUGCUAGACUCAAAUGAAACGCCUUCCUAACUAACUAGCCAAAGUUGAUCAAAUUAUAGUGAUUACACUCACCUUUUCUCCUAAAAAAUUAGAACAGUUCCGCGUGCCUCUCUCUAAAGAAAUUAAGCAGUUGCUUGAGAAUCUAUCAAUGGGGAGCAUGGCUGUGAUUCUUCUCCUAGUGUUACAAUCGUUGAGAAUCCAAGGGCAAGAGAUCAAAUCCGCGCGGCUGCUGGAUCUGGUGAUCCGCGACUACACAUUCAAAUCGUACACCAAGAAUUUCCGGACAGGCAAGCUCCACAAGAUCAACCUGCCGUCGAAUCUCUCCGGCAUACACGUGGACACGGUGCGCCUGCGCUGCGGCAGCCUCCGCCGCUACGGCGCCACCAUCAAAGAGUUCCAGCUGAGAGCGGGCACGUACGUGCACCCCUGCGCAAAGCGCGUGAUGAUCAUCCGCCAAAACCUGGGCUCCAACUGGUCAUCCUUGUACUACGCCAACUACGAGCUCUCCGGCUACGAGCUCAUCUCCCCCGUGCUCGGCCUGCUGGCCUACAACAUCGGCGCAGCGGCCACGGAGCUCGGGAUCCAGACCGGGAUGAGGCCCAUCACCAUAGACUUCGGGGGCGCGGCGCGGGGGAACGGCGGGGGGAUUAUUCCGCUCUGCGCGAGGUUUGAUGAGGACGGGAAGGUGAGCCUGUGGAGGCAGCCGCGGGCGAACGUGUGCGUGGCGACGAGGCAGGGCCACUUCGGGGUGGUGGUGGAGUCGCCGCUGAUGCCGCUGAGGAGGAGGGCCAGCAAGUGGAGGAUGGCGGUGGGGGGCGCCAUCGGGGCGGCGCUGGGGGUGUUCCUGCUGAGUUUACUGGCGAUGGCGGUGCUGCUCAAGGCCAAGAAGAAGGCCAGGAUGGAGGAGAUGGAGCGCCGGGCCUACGAGGAGGAGGCGCUGCAGGUGUCCAUGGUGGGCCAUGUUAGGGCGGUUACGGCUUCUGCAACCAGGACUCUGCCCACCAUUCACCACCAUCACUCUAGACCUCCUCCCUCUAAUUCUUAGUCUCUUUUCUCUUUUCGUUUUUUAGUUUCUAUUAACUUUUGGCUAUGUAAGAAAUGUGAUUUAUUUGAGGUUUAGGAAUAUUUGAUGCUGACACAUAAUUUGUUCAUCAGUUGUGCUGAUCUGACUCCAAUUUGGGAAUAGAAUGUCUCUGUUUUAGGUUA